GCCACGCGGUCAAUUCCAGCCACCCGAAGGGCAAUGCACCCUCUCUAUGUUUUUUGGAGAAGUGACCUGAGCCCCUGAAAAUGAGUGACCUCUGCUGCCAUAGGGACUGGCCUACACUAAUUUGUCAAGGUCAUCAAAUUCUUCCCAUCCCAAAGUAAGGUAUUGCUGAUACCCACUCUCCUUUCCCACAUGCCAUAACAGGGAGUGAUGGCAUUAGGAGCUCAGCUGAGGCAAAACUAGAGAUUGGGUUUGGCCCAUAGGAGCCACUGCCAGCCCCCGACAGCAGGGUUGGGCAGUCCACCCCCGCAGCGGCUGGGAGGCAGGCUCGGCAGUAGUACUAAGGCGACGCCAAGCCAGUGUCUCAGUGGAGCCGUGUGUCCAGGCGCUGCAUACUGUGGGAGCUCCACUCCUGACAGUCUGGCGUCACCCACAGCUCUCUCCUCAGCCUCUCACGCCUCCACCACUGAGACCCCGCUCCUCCUCCAACACAGCCAUGUGACCUUGCAUAAGCCACCGUUUUUCUCUGGGCCUGAAUCUCCUCACUGUUAAAUGAGGGAACUCAAGUGUGAUCUCCAGAAUUCCUUCCAGCUUUGACAUCCUCCAUGCACUGGAACUGUCUGGCAAAGAAGGAGCCUGCUGUAGCCAAGCAGGUGAGCCAGGGGACCAAUUUCAAAUCCUGCUGCAGGAGCGGAAAGGAAAAUGCACAGCCUUUGCCAAGGCUUGAACACGGGGGGUCGUAUGAACGGAUCUGUGUUUUAGAAAGAUAACAGAUAGCAGCAUGGAGGAUGGGUGAGAGCCGAGGGAAGAUGGAGACAGAGGGAAGACUUGGAACUCCGAGUCCAAGAGGUAUUAGAUUCCCGAUACGAGCCUGGCACUGAGCAGGGACGCACAUGACAGACACUGCCACCACUCUUAAAGAGCAGUUCCUGCUGGCCAAACUGGAGAUCAGCCCUGACCUGAAGAUCUCCAUCAAGGACGAGGAGCUCGCCUCCUUGCGCAAGGCCUCUGACUUCCACACCGUCUGCAAUGAAGUGAUCCCCAAGAGCAUCCCAGACAUCCGCCGGCUGAGUGCCAGCCUCUCCAGCCACCCUGGCAUCCUCAAGAAAGAGGACUUUGAAAGGACAGCGCUCACCCUGGCCUACACAGCCUACCGCACAGCCCUGGCCCAGGGUCAUCAGAAGGACAUCUGGGCCCAGGCCCUCCUUAGCCUCUUCCAGGCCCUGAGGCACGACUUGAUGCGGUCCUCAGGCGCCAGAGUGUCUCCCUGAGAGACGCCACACCAGGACCACCGAGCAGGGACCAGCACAUGCAGUAAUGCAGAAAUUCUUCAUUCUCUACUCCAUUUACAGACACCAGCUACAAAACACAUACCACCAACUCAGAGCAGCAGAGAUAAAAUAAGCAACCCGAUGCCCUUUGCCCCUUGUAGCUUCCUGACAAGCACACCUGACUCCUGUCACAAGGUGACCUGGGCUAGAGUGAUAAUUCCAGAUGCCUCCAGAGGCCAAAGGGUUUAUCUGGUGACAUGCAGGAGUCUGAGGUAUGCUUCAACACUGAGUGACUGCCACAAACACCCUAGUGUGAGGACAGAGCCAAAGGAGACAUCAGAGAGGUUUGGGAACAGGGGGAAGAUGGAGACAGAUUUCUUUGGUCCUAAAAGAUCAGGGUGCCAGGUUGAACAUCUUCCCAAAGGUUCUAUAGUAAGAUACAAAGAAACUAGAGCUGUAGCCAAAUAAAUACAUUGUUAGCCAAGGAUAGACUUCCCAAAGGCCACCAAGAAGAAUCAGUUAGAAAAUCAGCAAUUUCAUGACCUAUGUGUCUUGACUCUUCUUUUCUGAAGGCUGGUCUAACACAGAGGAGAAACAUGAAGGGGGCCUUCAGAAGUGCUACAGUCAUGCCUUGUCUUUUGAACAGAGAAACCACGCUAAUUCAGAGAAGGUCAUCGUAGUGAACAGGUGGCGCCAGCAGCCACGCUCAUCUAUCCUCAUGCUAAAACUAUUUAGCAUCAUCAGAGAUUUAAGUGCUCCACAUAAAAAUGAUUUUUAGGUGACAGAAUUUUACCCUUUCAAAUGACAAAACUUCCAUUUUAGCAAUAUUGGUAUCUUUUUAAACUAUAUAUAUGAAACCCCUUAAGCUUCUAUUUAGUAUCUUUGCAACAUUCUAAUGAAGGAGUCAGAGGAGAUAAUCUCUAAGAUUCCUCUACUUCUGAAAUUUUCACAAUCCUUUAACUAACUAUGAGAUAUCACGGGGAGGUCACCUGGUCCUGAGAGGUGUGCUGGACUAUUUGUACCAACCCUGAAAGAUCCCAAGCUAAAAAAAGAAAAGAAAAAGAAAGGUCGCAGGCUUUGCGAUUUCUGUAUCUGGUGUGAGCUUUUCUGCUGCCUUCCUCACUGUGAGGCUGUACAAGUGCACUUUUCUUUGACCAACCUAACUCGUGCUUUGCAAUUUGUUCUUUCUCAGCCGCCACAAUCUAAAAAACAAGAUAGCAAGCUUGUUAUAAUUCUAUGUUAAAUAAGAGUUAAUAGGGGGCCAGCCCUGUGGCUGACUGGUUAAUUUUGUGCGCUCCACUUCGGCGGCCCAGGGUUCAGAUCCUGGGUGUGGACAUCGCACCGCUCAUUAGGCCAU